AUGGCCAAGGCCACCAUUGGCCACCCCCUGGCUCCGCCAUUGCUCCUGGCCUUAGAUAAAACAGCUCCUCCGCUCGCAAGGAUCCGUCAUUCUGACAGCAGUGUGAGGGACCCGUCAGGAGCCUCCAUCGCUCUGUACACCGCCAAACUCCAUCAUCCCAACAAGACGGGCAACCACAUCGUUCUCCAGGCCCUUUUCUAUCUCCUGGAUCGGGCGGUAGAAAGCUUUGAAACCCAGAGGAACGGCCUGGUGUUUAUUUACGACAUGGCAGGCUCCAACUACACAAACUUUGAGCUGGACCUGAGCAAGAAAAUCCUCAACUUGCUGAAGGGGGCGUUCCCGGCCCGGCUGAAGAAGGUUCUGAUCGUCGGGGCUCCCGUCUGGUUCCGUGUGCCCUACAACCUGCUCAGCCUGCUUCUGAAGGAGAAACUCAGAGAGCGGGUUCAGAUGGUAAAAAUGGCCGACCUGCGUCAACACCUCCCCAGGGACUGUCUCCCCCAGCACCUUGGGGGUCUGCUGGCCCUGGACGCAUACAGCUGGAACCAGCAGCUCCUGGCGGGUCAGAACGGCAGGGUGGACCCCGUGGAUGAGCUGAUGGGGAUCCCCGUGGAAGACUCGUCCAUCCACGUUCCGGGGCCCGAGUCCAUGCGCCCCCAGGAGCUGCUGACUCACCUCGGCCACCUUCAGCGCUCGGGCGUCCACCAGGAGUACGAGGAGCUCCGCAAAGAACCUCCACCUGGAACCUUCCUCUGUGCGCAAGCGUCCUAUAAUCAGGAGAAGAACCGCUACGGAGACGUGCUGUGCCUCGAUCAGACGAGAGUUCGGUUGAAACCCAGAAGAAACGAGAGAUCCGACUACAUCAACGCAAGCUUCAUGGACGGCUACAAACAGAGGAACGCAUACAUCGGUACUCAAGGACCACUGGAAAGAACUUACGGGGAUUUUUGGCGAAUGGUCUGGGAACAAGGUGUCCUCGUCAUUGUCAUGACAACCAGGACAGACGAGGGCAGUCGGAGGAAGUGUGGACAGUACUGGCCUCUGGAGGAAGGGGGGCAGGAGGUCUACGGGUAUAUAGCUGUGGUGAACCAGAGGGUGGACCACCACACCCACCACAACCACACCACUCUUGAGCUGCACAACACUGAGACAUGUGAACAGAGACAGGUGAGUCAUUUCCAGUACCUCAGCUGGCCCGACUACGGGGUCCCCACCUCAGCGGUGACUCUUAUCGACUUCCUGGGAGCUGUGAAGAAGCAACAGAGAAAGAUGGUGAAGGCUUUGGGUCCUCAGUGGACAGGUCAUCCGCUGGGACCUCCGAUGGUAGUCCACUGCAGCGCUGGGAUUGGGAGAACCGGAACGUUCUGCGCCCUGGACAUCUGUCUGUCCCAGCUGCAGGACGUCGGCUUGCUCAACGUCUUCCAGACGGUGCGGCGCAUGAGAACGCAGAGGGCCUUCAGCAUUCAAACCCCGGACCAGUACUACUUCUGCUACAACGCCAUUCUGGAGCACGCUCAACGGCAGGGCCUGCUCCCGACCAACCAGUGAGGCCCCGAGUCGGACGACCACCCGACGGUUCUGCUGCCAGUAUGUUAACCUUGGACCAGCUGGUGCCAGAACGUGACCUCCUCACCUGAAGAUGAGCUUUCAAACAUGUCCGAUCUCCAUCGGCAAACCGAGAAAACGCAUCGACGAUAAAACGCUUGUAGCCGUCAACAGCGUGUGAAUGUCCCUCAGCAGCAGAGGGAUCACACUGAUGGUAAUAUUAACCUCUACUUUAAGAAUUUAUCACCGAUUGGACCAGAACGGAUUAGUUUACCCUGAAAUAAGUGACAGUAUGCCUUUAAACGCCAACAGCUGCUGUAGAAUAAUCAGGGCCAAAAGAAACGUCGUUUAGUCUUAUGUACAAAAAUCCAAGACGACCUGCCUCGUGGACAAAUAAUUUAUAUAUUUAAUAAAGUUUUGAGGUGAGGUGUUGUUCUUUAAAUCAGUUCAACCUGAUUUCCAGUGUUGUGCAACAACAAAGUGGUAGUUCUUACCCCCAGAAGUUCAGUCAGUCAAAGCACAGUCUGUAGCUCAUAGUGAAGCCACGUGGAUGCUGGUUUAGCAUCUUCUCAGUAGAGUCCGGCGCACACACAGACGAGAUGUUUCACAUCAAACACGGUUUCUGCUGAACUCUGUCUGCUUCGUGGUGAACAGAAGGAAUGAGGUUAAAGCACAGGAUGUUCGUCAGUGACUCCCAAAUCGCUGCUAAAACUUUCACCUGCAUCCUUAAAUCGUUGCCUGUUUGAUAAAGACGGCAUCUCUCUGAGCUGCGACCAUCCGAGUCUCGUUGGGGAGCAACGUUUGCGCGAGUCUCCACUAGGCCUUUAGCAUGGCGGUGUUCAAGUAUGGUCAAAUGGGAUCUACGUAUAUGUAGGUCUGUCGCGAUAAACAAUAAAUCAAUUAAUCGCAUGAUGAAUUAAAAUUAUCAACUUCAUUUUCAUUU